CACAGACAUUCAGUGUAUUAAAUCAGAAGCGUAUAAAAGAGAUCAUUUUAUUCCUUUGUUAUUCAGUAAGUUGUGAGCUUUCUGGUAAACUACAUUUAUCCCACGAAAAUGAAAGUAUUCGCUAUUGUUCUCGCUGUUUGCUUCGUUGGUGCUCUUGCUGAGCUCAACGAUGAACAAAAAGCUAAGCUCAAGGAAUUCAAAACACACUGUGUCACUGAAACCGGCGUUGAUGAAUCUUUCAUUGAAAAGGCGAAGAACGGUGAAUGGAUGAUGGAUGACAUGAAACUUCGAUGUUUCAUGAAAUGCAUGAUGAUGAAAAUCAAAGUCAUGAAAGAAGAUGGAACUUUGGACGAAGAAAUCACCAAAAAGAAGAUGGCCAAUGACUUGCCGGCUGACAAAAUUGACGAAGUCAUGAUGAAGUGCAAAGACAUGAAGGGAGCCGAUGCAUGUGAAACAGCUAUGAUGAUGAUGAAGUGCUACGCAGAACAGAAAGCUUUCGUUUCACUUACGCACUAAAACAAUUUUAAGUUUUCUUCCAAUAUUCAAUCUAAUUUUAUGUCUGGUGAUUUAUUAUAGAGAAUUUAAACAACUUAAUUUUAAUUUAUUCUCAUGGAAUAUUGAUUAAUAAUAAAUAAAGAAAUACUUCUGCAUUA